UUAUUACUACCAGCAGCAGGCAGUAAACGUUUAGAAAAUUCGAAUCAUUUCAGCAAGAACAGUAGAGGGGCAAAGUCAACUCCGAGAUCUCUGAGCUAGUAACUAACUAUAUUUUCAUUUCGAGACGAUUUUAAAAGGGAUUAAAUGUCAGGAUCACUGUGUAUACAGUGUCAGACACAAACCACUGUGUUUAGUAAGACCUGCAACAGUUGUUUCUUUAACCACCCAAAAGAGAAGAAGUUGUUACAAGCAAUGAAGAAGUAUGAUUACGAAUGGGGACACAAUGAUUGCGCCCACUAUAAUAAUAGCUCUCAGAUAUUGACUUCCACAAAAGUAUUGCUCUACAAAUUACACACUCUAGGAUUUGUUCCCCUUCUCCUGCUUGGAAAAAGGAGACAGGGAACAAAACAUAUCGAUAUGGAUUCAUUUUGCCCUCACCCCCAAGUCAUAAAAGAAACGGGCUCUAUUGAAACAUUGAGAAACAUUUAUUUAGGUCUUCUGAAUGUCACACUCGGCACCGAGUCCCAAUGUCAGUGCUCCCCAGUGUCUCCAGAGCCAGAUGGGACCCCCGCACCAGCCGAGGUAGAGGGAACACCUACAACUGUCGAUCCAGUGGGAACCUCAGCAUCGACAGAGCUACACAGAAUACCCACACUAAUCAAUCCAGUGGGAACCCCUACAACUAUCAAACCAGUGGGAACCCCUACAACUAUCAAACCAGUGGGAACCCCUACAACUAUCAAACCAGUGGGAACCCCUACAACUAUCAAACCAGUGGGAACCCCUACAACUAUCAAACCAGUGGGAACCCCUACAACUAUCAAACCAGUGGAAACCCCUACAACUAUCAAACCAGUGGGAACCCCUACAACUAUCAAUCCAGUGGGAUUCCCUGCACCAACCAAUAGAGACCGAAUCCCCAUAUCUUUACAACUGAACCUAAUCCCCACACCAACAGAGCCAGGCAAAUCCUGCACACCAGCCAUUCCAGUGGGAAUCCCUACACCAACCAAUCUAGUGGGAACUCCUACAGCAAUUGAUCCAUCAGGAACCCCUGCACCAACUAUGCCAGACGGAAUUCCCACAUCCAUCAGCCUGUACAACAUCACCACACUAACUAAGCCAGGCAAACACUCCACAUCAACCAAAACAUUGGGAACCCCUUCACCAAUUAAUUCAGUGGGAACCCCUGCACCAGCCGAGCUAGACGGACUCCCCACACCGACAGACCCAGGCAAACCCUCCACACCAACCAAGCUAGAUGGAAUCCCCACAUACAUCUGCCUGAACGGAAUCCCCACAUCCAUCUGCAUGAACGGAACCCCCACACCAAUACAGCCCAAAAUCCCCAGACCAAUACAGCCCAAAAUCCCCAGACCAAUACAGCCCAAAAUCCCCUCACCAACACAGCCAGGCAAACCCACACAAAACAAUCCAGUGGGAACCCCUACACCAAUGGAUGAAACCUCUGACUCCUCUGAGCCCCAGGACCAAGAAAUGCAAAGGCCAAAAAGAAAAAUGUGGAGAGAUGGAGAUCUAAUCGGAGCUGAAGCUGCAACCACUCAAGCACAAAAGAGAAUAAAAACGACAGAAGAGUGGCUGAACAUGGAUACGGAGAGGCCCACGGUGUCAAGACAUGCAGAGGUAGACACUGAAGUAUUAGAUCAGCUAGAAAAACACAAAGAAGAGUGUCUGAACAUGGAUACGGAUAGGCCCACGGUGUCAAGACAUGCAGAGGUAGACACUGAAGUAUUAGAUCAACUAGAAAAGAGCAGCAUUGUCCAAGCAACCAACAAGCAAACUUUGUGGGCUAUAAACUGCUUCAAAGACUGGCUGGCAGAGAAACAGAUGAUAGUGGAUUUUUCAACCAUUGAGAAAUCUGAAAUGAAUGUGCUCUUGCGAGAUUUUUACUGUUCUGUUCGAAGGGGUAAAGGUGGGGAGUAUUGUAUCCCGAGCUAUAUCGGAAUCCGGGCUGGCGUGAACAGAUUCAUUAACCUCCCUCCCCUUAGCAGAGCCUGGUGCUUGAUGAAGGACAGUGAGUUUACCUCCUCUAAUAAUGUAUUUAUUGGGGUACUAAAGAAAAUCAGACGAGAGGGCAGGGACAAAACUACCCAUCCUAAGGUGAUUAAAGCACAAGACCUUGAGAUUCUUCAAAACUCUCCUGUGCUAAGCCCCUACACACCAAGAGGGCUAGUCAACAAAGUGUGGUUUGAUAUCCAGUUACACUUUGGCCCCAGAGGAAAGGAGGGCAAUAGGCGGCUAACGCCACAGUCGUUUGUAAUAAAGUACGAUGAAAACGGAGCAAAAUAUGCAACGAUGACUUCCAGCGAGGAAAGACAGAAUCAUAAAGAUGCAGAAGAGCAGAACUGGCAGAAUCGCUGUGGAAUCAUGUUUCAGAACCCUGGUAGUCACCUCUGUCCAGUCGCCUCCUUGGAGAAGUAUCUGAGCAAGAUCCCAUCAGAUGCCACCGCCCUCUACCUCCAUCCUAAGAAGAUGGUCAUCACCAGUGACAGAAUAUGGUAUAGCCAGGAGCCAAUGGGAUUCAAUUACCUUUCAUCAAUGCUGCCCCGACUGUGCCAGGAGGCUGGUACAUUGGAAAAGUACACAAACAACUGCUUACGAUCUUUGCGCGAGAUCAUGUCUGUCAGCACACUGAUAGUUCCUUGAAAAGUUAUUGAAAACCUUCAAUGGACAGAAAGAGAUGUCAAAUAGGCUCACUGAGUCAAGGCAGUGACACACUUCAGUUUUACUUCCUACCAGCGACAUUGUUUUGGUCUUAUACGCAAACGGAGAGCUUGCCAAGAUAUACAGUCCUCACCAUAUCUAUAUGGACUAUGUUUUUUGAGGCUAAGAUUUAAAUUUUUUUGCUCUAUAUUCCAGCAUUUUGUAUUUAAGAUGAAUGAGGCGACAGUCCAGAAUUUAACUUUUUGAAUUCAGAUUAUGUUUUAAGGUAUAGAUUUUGUUUUGCGCUGAGACUUCACUUUUCAGAAUUGUAAAGCAUUUUAAGCUUUCUUUUCACCAACAAGUUUUACUCUACUGGAAACUGUUUAACCAUAAUCAUCCAUUUAGGAAAUCUUAAGUUUAGGGGGGGAUCGCAGCAAUCGCAGGAUAAUAGGGCGGAUAGAUUUUUGUAUGUAUGAAAUAUAUAUUUUUUUUGGUGACUGGAAGCAAUUUGAUGUGAUACUUCCUAGAUCUGUUUUUACAUGUGUAGAAAUUUUUUUCUACCACACUAUGUCUACACCACUUUGUAGACCAUCUGUUUUGGCAAAUGGUCAUACAGCGGUUUUAACUAAUUUAAUUGUACCCUUCACAUAGAAGUGAUAUUUCCCUUAUUUACUAGAUCUAUUAUUUAAAGGUUAUGUACCAACUAUCUAAAAUUACCCGUAUCCCCUUAAAUUCAAGAUUUUGAACUAUGUAUGCCUCUUUCUCAGAAAGAAAUGGAACUUGCAAAACAAUUUUGCAAGCUAUAAUGAUAGUGCAGCAGAACCUGUUAAGGGUGCUUGAGAGUUAAGGUAGUAACAAGAAGUGUGGAAAGCCAGAUGAGCCAAACAUAUGUUGCGGGAAGGGACAAAAGGCCCAAGAGACGUUGUAAACCAUAGGGAACCAGGAGUAAGACUGCACCGAGAGAACAUACGGGGUGAAACAACUUCAUCUGAGGGCUGAGAGCAUUUUAAUGUCGAAUAUGAGUAAUAACAAGUACAUGUAUCCUAAAGUCUGUAGGCAUAGUGAACUUGAUUACAUUAUAAUGUUGGCCUACAUGCAUAAUUGUAGCCCACUUUUCCUUCCCGGCACUAGGGCUGCUGAAUCAAGUGCACCUACCGCUAACGGCGCAAAACAAAUCAAAUAAAUAGGAACGCAAGGCUUUAUCAGAAUUUUUAAACCAAACUGUACUGUCUUGGGCUUUAUCGUUGUUGUUUUUUUACAGAAAUGCUUGGAGAUCACGAUCGACCUGUUGGUAGCCACUGUUGUAGCCUUUUAUUUGCGAGGCACAAAGGAGCAUAAAUUGAAAUAACUUGCCCCGCUAUAGAUUUACCGUUUCUCAGUAAGGUAGGGCAAAGACCUGCAAACUACUAAACCUGAUAAUCUUCCAAAUGUAGCACACUGAUGAGAAGAAUCCGUAGUAAAACCCGGACUCGAGGAUAAACUGUCUAACAAAAUGAAUAAUUAGACAUUCGAAACCACCUGUAACCAUGAACAAAAUUGUUGGAAUGACCACACAAACUGAAAUUAUCAUUCAUGGGCUACAGGCAACCAUAACUUGAAGUUGAAAACCACGAAUCAGAAUUUAUAUAUUCCAGUUGCUACUGGGAGGAGAAUAACCAUUACGUGUUGAACACACCGACAGUGUAUUUGCAUUUUGGUACACCAGAAUUACAUUAAUUUCCAAUGAAACGCUGCGUUUGCGUUGCAGUGCAGUUUUGUUUAUGAGAAUGAAUGAAAUACCUAGAGUGAUGAGUUCGGCAGUCAGGUCUACUGAGUUUAUAAAGCAUGGAUGAAACUUUUCUUUCAUCACCGAAGAACCCUUUAAUAAAAUGGCAGUGCUAUUGCAAAGUAGCCUACAUGCAUAAUUGUAGCCUAACGUUAGAAUGUAAAAUCUGAAUGGCUAUGCCUGGAGACUUCAGGAUGCAUGUUUUACUGAUUGCUAUACAAUACUGAUCCAUGCUUGCCGGCAAUGGAGUGUCAGGAAAUGUAGAAACGGAAGAUCCAAGUUCAAGUGUAAAUAUCCAUCUGGUUAGCUUUAGGCUUUUGCACUCAACAUGGAAAUAUAAUUGUUGUGAUUUGAAGUUGUAUUGAAGAAUUUAUUCAUGUAACACACCGACAGUGUUAUAUUACGAUGAGCUAUAAUAUAAUCACUAGGCCUAUGCUUUGCAUGCAGACUGUUAAAGAAUGUGACGAUGAGUAACAAUGAAUGUUGUCAGAUCGAUAUAAGCAUUAAUUAAUUACCUAAAGAUUUGGAUGUAUCUCUGUGCACUUCCUGCAAAAGAAAGGUUGACACUAGACAACAUUUUGUUUUACUUUUUAUUAUAUAAUUAAAACCAAAAACAUAAUUGAAAAUUAAAACAUAUAAUCUACUA